AUGUCCACAAGAAGAAGCUUGUCAUCUAGACUUCUCACUUCCGUGAUCAGGCCUGAUAGGAGACUUAGUGCUUCUGAAUACUCCUUGCUUUCCAUCAAAAGAGAUGCAAGCCUGGCCUCCACUCGCUGUCGAGGAAAGUUCGCUUCUCAGCACGGGUCCACUGCGCCAUUUCUCUGCUCGAUUUUCUUGGCUAAGAAGAUCCGUUAG